AUGGCCCUCCUCCCUCGUCUCGUGCACGGCGCGACCCCCUUCCUAACUAGACGGAUAUUCAAACUACCGGACCUCUCAUCCCUAGCCCCACUUGCAGGCCACGAUGGAAACGGCUCACGGCCACAAGUAUACCAUGAACGCAAGAUAUUCCCUUACACACAGAAGCAGCUAUACGAACUCGUCGCCGACGCAUCGUCGUAUCCUAGAUUCCUGCCGUUCUGCACCAGUGCACGUGUGCUAAACAAGGAGCCACAUCCCUCUGACCCGCACGGGCGUCUUAGCAUGGAUGUCGAACUAACGGUCGGCUUCAUGUCGUUCACCGAAAGCUAUGUCAGCAAGGUGACAUGUAGGCCAUACGAGUCCGUGGAGGCCGUCGCGGCAUCUUCUACGCCCUUGUUCAAGUCCUUGGAUACGAUAUGGCGGUUCCAACCCGCGUCCGCACAGUCACCGCAUCUGGGCGCUGGCUUGCCUUCGCCAGCAGAACAUCUCAAAUCAACUACCGCAGCACCUCAGCCGGCGAGUGCAGGGGACGCGAGUCCAACUCUCGUCACCCUAGAUUUGUCCUUCGCUUUCGUGAAUCCUGUACACGCCGCGGUAUCCGCGACGUUCUUUGGUCAAGUGUCAAAGAUGAUGGUUAAGGCAUUCGAGGAACGAUGCUUGGAGAUCUACGGAGAAGGGAAAGCCUAGACUUGUUAGGACAUUGUACUGUUAUCGGACACUUGAUUGAGGACACUGUCU